AUGCCUGUCGGAUCCUUGACGGAAGUGCCGUUGAGCGGUGACACGGAUAUGCCUGUGAAUGCAUUGGUCGCUAAUGUCCAUGGAACUUAUUAUGCCACAACUUCUAAGUGUACUCAUUACGGGCUUUCUUUAACGAAAGGAAUUUUAACAGAUGAAGGCAGACUGUACUGCCCAUUCCAUGGUGCUUGCUAUAAGGUGAUGACAGGUGACAUUGAAGAUGCACCUGCUCUUGAGCCUCUCAAAACAUUCGAGGUCAAAGUAGAAGAUGGCAAGGUUUAUAUUUUUGUGGAUUAUGAAGCUCUUAAUCAAUCAAACUGGAAGCCUUGCAAGCAUUCAUCAUCCCAAUCACGCUCUGGUCCACAUACUGUGUUUGUUGGCUGUGGUGCGGUGACGUUGCAUGCUGUUCAAGAGAUGCGACGCUGCGGCUAUGAGGGUCGCAUCACUGUACUUACGGCUGAACCUUACCCUACGAUCGACCGCCCACGUCUCAGCAAAGCAUAUGCACCUGAAUUAAAACAUGCUCUUGUGCGUGAUGAAUCUUUCUGGCGCGAGACACUCGACGUUGACUUGCGCUUGUCAAAUUAUGUGUAUGCAAUUGACACCAACAUGAAGCGGCUAAGUAUUCGCGGUGGUAAUACCGUGAUUUACGAUAAUUUGGUUCUAGCCACGGGAUCAGUCCCGCGCCGCUUGCCAAUUGAAGGUGCGAACGCCAAGGGCGUAUACGUCCUUCGUUCGUUAGAUGAUGCUCAGAGCAUCACAAAGGCACUCAAGAAGCGCCCAUCACCCGAGCUUGUUAUUAUUGGGACUGGUUUUAUUGGAUUGGAGAUGGGCAUUGCUUUGGCGAAACAUGCGAAAGUAACGCUCUUGGGUCAGACGCAUGUCCCCUUGGAGGGCCCACUAGGUCGUUCGGUCGGCGGUGGCUUGCAAACAGCUAUCAUGAAUGAACGUCCACUACGGUUUUUGAAUGCCGUUGAUGUGGUUCGGAUCGAGACUGAUAUGAACAACCAUGUACGUGGUGUUGUAGUACAGCCACGUGCACGAGGCUCUCCAGAGCUGUUUCUCAACGCAGACCUGGUGCUUAUGUCUACGGGAGCAAAGCCGGCGACAGAGUUCUUGCGGAAUUCGCCGUCGUUCCCCGAUCUUCGAGCAGAUGGGUCCGUCGAAGUUGACUCGGCUCUUCGUGUGAUAGGGCUACAAAACGUGUAUGCCGGUGGGGAUAUUGCAGCGUACCCGUCCGAUACUGGAGUGGUUCGCAUCGAGCAUUGGAAUGUUGCGUGCAACCACGGACGUGAUAUCGGCCGCACUCUCGCAACCGGCAAGCUGCAUCCAUACCGACACGUACCUGUUUUCUGGUCGGGACUCACGUCGCCCCUUCGGUAUGCGGGCACGGGUGUGGGCUACAAUCAAAUGCACGUGGAUGGCGAGCCUGAUGAGGCUGAGUUUAUUGCAUAUUAUGCUAAAGAUGACCGAGUCAUCGGGGUUGCUACCAUGUGGAAAGAUCCAAUGAUGGUACAAGCUGUGGCGCUAAUGCGAGCGGGCAAAAUGCCGAAGCUCAGUGUUAUAGCGGCCGGUUUGGAUAUUAUGACCUUAACGACCCGUCCGACGCGCAAACUGUAG